AAAGAACAAUGAUUGCAUAAACAUAAAGACUGAUUGCGGGAUCCUUCUCUUUUUCAUGGUGUUUUUCUGUGCCUCUGUAUAUUUGUUUGUUGACAAGCUUGUACGUUUGUUCUUCUUAUUUUUAAUCUAUUUUUUUUUUUUUGCUUCUGUCCCACACAUUGAGUCUACUUUAAAGUGGGAAAAUAUAUAAUAAAGUUCUCCUCCUUCUAUUUAUUGUCAUCUGCAAUAGAAAUGACUAUUUUUCUGUUAUUGGUUGAUGUCAUAACAAGUGUCAUUGUAACCUCCGGUUUUCCUGUUAGUGUCUGAUGUAAGAACGAGGGCAGUUACAAUGACCUCUAUCUCCUUACUUUCUGAUGUCAGAACAAAUGUAGCUGACCUACCUUCUGCUACUGUCUGAUGUAAGAGAAAGAGUAGUUACAACAUGUUUUCCACUGGUGUCUGAUGUAAACAUGUGCAAUGAUCUGGAUAAUGUACUAACACGUGCAGCUAUGAUGAUCUUGCUGUAGUCAAUCCAUGCACCUCUGGUUACUCCCAGCAUAAUAUUUUGUGACUAGGGUAGGGCAUGAUGCAGGUUUGACCAAAGGUAAAAAACAAGACUAUACCAGCGAGGUCAGUAGGAAAAUAAAGACAACCGUGGAGAACUGGAUAAUAAAGCACCACAUAGUGUAAUGGCACUGGUAACAGUCAGAAGGCCUGACAGACACUCAGACACUCACCAGACCAGACAACACAUGGAUUCAACCAUCGAAGACGAUAGUGGACAUCACCUCAGAAAGGCUGCUGUACAAAAUUGAUUGUCUGAAGACUGAAAAUACACUGAAUGCCACACACCACAACUUGACACUGUAAGGUAGGGAAAAAUGAUAAUUCUACCAUCUAGUUAGCCAACCAAUUAAAGAAAUUUCACCAGCCUAAUUACCCAACCAAUUAAAGUGAUGUUCUGGAAGAAGACAGCUGAGGAGACUGGUUUGACACCGUGUUUUUCCAUGUGCGGGUCUAACUAUAACUUGUUGUUCAGUCUGAGGUCGCAUGUGGGUUAUGUUGACCUAAACUGAUAUGGGCGAUGGAGCUUGUGACAGAUUGUGAACUAAGUGGCACUCGCUGCUUUAUGACAAAUCUGCUGUCUCGGCUAACACUAAAUAUACAGUUGUCUCAGCUAACAAGAACUAUACAGCUGUCUCGGCUAACACUAAAUAUACAGUUGUCUCAGCUAGCACUGAGCGAGAAGUGCGCACUUCACGCUCCGAACUAUGUUUACAAAAGCUUUGAUGCCAAAGGUCAAAAACCAUGUAGUACAGUCGCACCGACCUCGAUUAAGAAUAACACCAGUAGCUUAAAUAACCUAGGGUCAAAAUGUGUAACGCAGGUUUUUUUUUAUUUUUAUUUGAUAAAUAUGGCCUCCAGUUCAAAACGUGUAACGCGGCUAUAAAUAGACUCUCCCCCUAGAAACUGCUAACCACUUAAAUUCAGUUUAUCCUCUGAAUAAAUAUUCCGGCAGCCGCAGGUAUAAAAGUAGGAAAGAAGACGAUAUCCAUAGUCUCUCAAGUUGUCGCUCAAAGCUUACAGCAGGUGUGAACACUGAGAGGUCCCAGGGGAGUUCAUUUUGUGGGUACACGAAAGUGUACUUCAUCAGGGUGUCUGUUUGGCAGUCUGAGUGCUUUUAUCUUUCAUCGACAACAACACAGGCGAGAAAAUAGAAAACUGUAAAAAUGGUGGUCGGCCUCACAUCCAGAAUUGUCAACUUUUCGUCAGAAAUCAAGGUCGCGGCAGCAGUAUUUAUUUUGACACUGGUCACUGCCAAAUUCGUCAACUACCUGAAAAAGCGACACCACAAACUGCCGCCUGGUCCCUGGAACUUACCUGUUGUAGGUUACCUCCCGUUCCUUGGGGAAGCGCCUCUGUUCACUUUUGCUUCUCUGCGAAAAAUGUACGGCGAUGUAUUCAGCAUCAAACUGGGCAGUUUUUCUGCCAUCAUCGUCAAUGGGAAAGACCCCAUCAAGGAAGCUCUUGUAACCAAAGGCGACGACUUUUCGGCCAGACCACCGUUUACGACUGCGACUCUGCUCAACGAGGGCAGGAACUUGGGAUUCUCGGCCUUUGGACCCGUCUGGAAGGCUCACAGGAAACUUCUCAGUAAUGUCCUGUACGCAUUUACUAACGCAAGAAACAAUCCCAUUGAAGACAUUGUCGUGUCAGAGGCCAUCACUGUCGUUGAAGACUUUAUUGCUCAUGGAAACGAACCUUUUCGUGUCUGCGAUAUUGUCACCAUGGCAGCUUGUAGCAUGAUGUAUCAGCUUUGCUAUGGUCGAAACAAGAAUAUUCGAGAAGAUCCAGAUUUCUCGGCUGCUCUGAGAAAUAACCGAGAGUUUGCAAAGUUCACUGAAGCUGGGAAUCCUGUUGAUGUUAUGCCGUGGAUACGGCACAUCCUCCCCUGGAAAAUUCUCGACUUCCGAAAAGUCUUACAAUCGUUAUAUUCUUACAGAAUAAAGAAGGUCGAAGACCAUGAAAAAACGUUCGAUGAAGAAAAUCGUCGUGACAUCACCGAUGGUCUGAUCCACGCAGCCAACCAUUUGUCUGAGAAGGAAAAAGAAGUCGGGCUGGACAGAAGGAGGGUCAUCGAAAGUCUUGACACUAUUUUUGGAGCUGGUGUCAUGACAGUGUCAACAUUCUUUGACUGGUGUGUUCUGCUCAUGGCAGCUCACCCCGAGACACAGGAGAAAGUAUUUCAAGAAAUAGAAGACGUUGUCGGUCAAUCCCGCUACCCGUCUCUCGCUGACCGUUCCCGUCUACCCUUGGUGGAGGCCACCAUCUAUGAAGUGCUUCGCUUCAGCUGUCCUGUUCCCUUUGCUUUGCCUCACGCCACAACCUGUGACACGACAAUACAAGGCUACGAUGUUCCUAAAGGGACAGUGGUUCUGGUCAACCUCUUUUCCAUCCUCCAUGACAAGGAAACGUGGGGAGACCCCGAGAAGUUCCGACCAGAGCGUUUCCUGGACAACGGUCAGGUGGACAGGCCAAGGCCGAGCAAGUGAUCGUCUUCUCUUUGGGCAGACGACGAUGUUUGGGGGAAUUCGUCGCAAGGAUGGAGGUCUUCCUGGCCUUCACCACCCUCAUCCAGCGUUGUCGGUUGUAUAAACCACCCGGGGCACCCGAGUACACACUGGGCAGGGUUUUUAAAUUCGGGUGCGAGCCAG